AAACCGGCUUGCCUGAAGAGAAGGGGAGACAUGGAGGACGUGCUGGAGCUGAGGACAGAUGGGAACUCUCUGCUGAAGGCAGUGUGGCUGAGGCGCCUGCGCCUUACCAGACUCCUGCUGGAGGGAGGUGCCUACAUCAACGAAAGUAACGACCGGGGGGAGACACCACUAAUGGUAGCCUGUAUGUCUAAACACUGCGACCAGCAGAGCGUCAGCAAAGUCAAACUAGUCAAAUACCUCCUUGAUAACAAGGCUGACCCAAACAUCCAGGAUAAAGCGGGCAGGACGGCUCUGAUGCACGCCUGUAGCCACAGGGCUGGUCAUGAGGUGGUGUCACUACUGCUGUCCAAUGGAGCAGACCCAAGCCUGGAGGACCGAAGCGGUUCGUCUGCACUGGUCUACGCCGUCAACGCAGAUGACAAAGAGACUCUAAAAGUGUUGCUUGAUGCUUGCAAAGCCAAAGGAAAGGAGGUUAUCAUUAUUACCACUGACAAAUCGCCAUCGGGCACCAAGACCACUAAGCAGUACCUGAAUGUUCCCCCCUCCCCUGAGCUGGAUGAGAGAUGCUCCCCCGCUUUGUGUGCUUCCCCUUCCGACAUUGACCUAAACGCCUCCCCUUCUCCCAGCAAAGAGGAGGAACAAGACACGAUAUUCACCUUUCAAACCAAGUGGAAAUCUACAUCUAAUACGGCAGCCAAGCUUCAAAAUGGACCCAUGUCCCCUACACGGAAGCCAGUGAACCCUAAACGAGCCCGUCUCCCGCAGCUGAAGAGACUACAGUCAGAACCCUGGGGUUUGAUUGCUCCUUCUGUGCUGGCGGCCGCCCAUGAGGAGAGCAAGAGAGCGAAUUCAGAUGAGGACGUUGUCACAGGUGUUAAUGGAUUAUCACUCUCCAAGAGAGCGCCUUUGUCAAGACACAACAGCGUGGAUGGGAAAGAGGUGCUGUUUCCCUUAGUAGGGGACCAGUCAUCCAAAAUCUCUCCCGCCUCGGGACUCCAACCAGGCUCUAAGGCAUCCUAUGAAAGAUCUCUGGCCCAGCAUCAGCCCCUGGCACGUCGCAGCACGGUCCCUACGGAGCAGGAGAGCGGUGGGGGUCCAUGUGGCUUAGCCAGCCUCAGAGACACUGUUCACAGAAGGAGACUGGGCAACGACCACUAUGACUCUGACUCCCAGCUCUACUCAGACUCAGCCAUGCUGGAUUCUCCCAAAGUUCCCCUGGAGAGGAAAAAACUAAACACAUCCCCACUGGCAAUGCUGACGGGCUCCCGGGAGUCUCUAGACAGCAAUGGCAGCACUUCCUCCCCAAGCACUGCACGACGUCGGGCCCCAGGGCUUUUAGAAAGACGAGGUUCUGGAACUCUCCUUCUGGACUACAUUUCCCACACUCGUCCGGGCCAACUGCCCCCUCUCAACGUCAACCCAAAUCCUCCCAUUCCCGACAUAGGAGCCAGCAGCAAGCCCUCAUCCCCAAUGGCCACGGGCAUCAGGUCAAUAGCUCCUGUAGCACCGAGCUCACCAAAGAGGGGCAACCUCAGGACAAAGAAGAAGCUAGUGAGGAGGCACUCUAUGCAAGUAGAGCAGAUGAAACAGCUCUCAGAUUUUGAGGAACUUACUCAUCAGUGA